UUGUUGCAAGUAGGACUACAGAGUAUUCCAAUACCUGUAACUGCAUUACUUUUGAGUUCUUUGCAUUCAUCGCGCCGCGCACUCAUUCAUUCAUUUUUUCACUUUGAUUGUCAUCGUUGGUUGACAUAAGUGUAUUUCUAAAUAUUUUUCAUUUCUUUGCAACCUAAGUCUAAAAAAUGUCGUCAACUUACGGUAUUGGUAUUGAUUUCGGCGCAACGACAUGUGUCGUCGCCAUGUCCAAGGCUGGUCAAACCGAUGUCAUCCCGAACGAGAUGGGGAACCGAUCGACCUCAGUCUGCGUCGCUUACACUGAGGAUGGCACAAUAACAGUCGGCGAUGCAGCCUACAAUCAAAAGGAGAGAAAUCUUCCAGGUAUGCGUUACACACUGUAAUUAUGUGAUUUCUUUGUAGUUGCUCUGUUGACCUCUACUAGGUAGUAUGUUUAGUCAUGCUUCGAAAGAUAAUGCUUCAAUGAUCGGUGUACACUAGAAUGCUUCUAGAAUUCGCGAACCUGAAUUUACAAACUAGCUUUAGUUCGAAUUUGGAAAGUAUACAGCAUAGGCACGUCUCCUGUACAAAGAUAACAUUCCUCUCGGUCUUGAAGAAUAUAUAAGCGACGUGGAUUCUACAAAUUUUCUUUCUCUCAGGUACUAUCCGAGGCUUCAAGAAGUUCUUGGGGCAGGAAUUUGAGGAUGAAGUUACAAAAGAGGAUAUCGCAGAUGCAGCAACGCUGAAGAAUCUUGAGGUAUCAUUUGCUUGCAUUUUGUUUUUGAGUGCUCAUGUAAUGGAAAAUCUCUUUGUUUCAUGAAAUUAUAGAUUGGAGUUAUAGUUCUGAGAAGCUGUCGUAGCUAGUAGACAUGGUUCAACAUUCUUGUUCACCUGCUGGUGUUGAAGUACUCUAUUCAUCAUACAUCCACAUCCCCAUCCACAGAUCGUCCAAUCCGCGUCUUCUUCGACUUGCGCUCUCAAAUUGAGUUGGCAACCAGACAGCCCUAUUCCGCUCGAGGAGAUCGCAACCCUUGUUUUCGGCAAGAUCAAGGAAACCGCAUCUUUGUACCUCGGCGAAAACGUCUCCCACUGCUGCCUUACGGUUCCGGGUCAUUUUUCCGCCAGCAAGGCUGCGAUUAUCCAGGAGUGCUGCGAGGGAUCCGGCAUGCGCGUGAUGCGUCUCCUGAAAGAACCGUGUGCAGCUUUGAUCGCACAGGGCUCCGAUGUCAGCGCUUUGUUUCUGCGCAAGUUCCACCACGUCUUGCCGAACACGGAGAAUGCAGGAGACGGUGGCAAGGCUACAGGAUUUUGUAACAAGUCGGCUUUGGACGAGUCCGUCCGCAACGUUGCAGUCGUGGAUCUUGGUGGCAGCAGUUUCGACGUCUCCGUCGUCGCAGUUUCCCAAGGUUCAGGUCUUUUUACGCCAUUGGUGUCCAGCGGUUCUGGCUCUUUGGGUUCGACCAGCUGCGACGAGUUGCUCUUUGACUACUGCGUCAAGGACCUGCGACGCAAAGACGCAAAAGCCGCUAUGGCUCUGAAGAAGGACGCGCGGGCGAGCUUACGCCUGAAAGAAGCUUGCGAGAAGGGAAAGAAAGCUCUAACUAUGAGCAAAAUCGCGAACAUCGAAGUCGAAGCUCUUCUUGGGGAUGUGGAUUUCUUCACCAAAAUUACCAGAGAACAGUUCGAAGACUUGCUGCAGAAGGGAACCGAAGGAGGCGCUCAACCAGUUUCCGACAUGCUCGAAAUCCUCGAGGAAGUAGUGGAAAAAAUGGAAAACAAUGAACAGCCAAUUGACGGCUUCCUCCUCAUCGGCGGUGGCUGCAAUACGCCAUUGGUGCAGAAGACAGUAUCUGGAUUUUUCGCGGAGAAGUGCCCAGAUGCGAAGGAACUCAAAUUUGACGGCGUUAUGGCAGACGAGGCAGUGGCAGUCGGUGCCGCGAUUCAGGCAGACUUGCUGUUGAACUUGGGAGAGUCAGAAAAUGGCGCUCUCGAAGUGCCGUGUGCGUUGAAGCCAUGCGAAGAGGGCGAAGACGAAGACGAGGAACCAGCAGGUAUUAAUUCGUCAGAGGAUUGUGUGAAACUGAAAGAGUAUGCCAAUUACAACUGAGAGUGAACAAGAUACUUAUAGUUUAUAAACAAGAACCACCUUUCAAACAACCACUCGUGACUAUGAUUUCGUUGAUUUUCACCACUCCUCUCUAUUAAAGGUAUUGCCAUGGAAGCGACGACAUUGACCCAAGCAGUCGGAAUUAAGAUGAAGCAGAAGGAUGGAUCAGCAUUUUAUCCGGUCCUUAGAAAAGGCGUGCCAAUCCCGGUCAGCCAUAAGGAGUCCUUCGCUUGCCAUCCUGGUACUGUUUUGAUACAGAUUUGAUUUUUCGAGAACAGCAAGUACUGUUUUGAGAACAGCAAGUUAGUGGGGUAUUUUGUUACGAACUACCCCACGAACUUGCACUUCUUGUGUAUGUCCUGUUUCUGUAAGGAAUUUAGUACUACAUAAGUUGUAUUUACUUUGUCGAAUUAUACCUGUUCUUUCUACAACACUUUUGAAUCGCACGCACGGCAAUUCAUACUAUAGGUAAAUUCGGUAUGGAGAUCUGCUUGGCUGACGGCAGCUUGAUCGCGACUGUGCCUAUCGAGACGACCCACCACCAUUUGGAUUUGGAAUUGAGUGUUGACGCCAACGGCACAGUCUCCGCUAUCGUCGACAACUUGAAGCAGUUCUAAAGAACUCUUGAGUGGUAGAAAAUGUUUCGCUCUUCACGAGACGCAGAAAGAAAAAGUUGUUUCCAAACAGGCUUAUUCAUGAAGACAUCUCCUCAAAUGACUAACUCGCAAUAUUCUCAUGCACCUCAGUUUGUUCUACAAAGCUUUGUCACAAGAUGAUGCAAUUAACUAGAUUUCUCCUCAGUUAUACUUAUUCUAUUAUACCACGACCUCCAAAAAACUCGCUGUCAUGGGAAACAAAGAACGCAGAUGUGGUGAUGCAAGGAUAGGAACAACGAUUUUUUGCUAGACAAUGACAAUCUCUCUAGCGAGAUUUGCACCUUUUUUAAUGAACAUCGCUCCUCGGCUUUGGUCAAGCUCAAAAAUAUACAAAAAAACCUUUCCUGCUCUGGAAAACGUGCGCCGGAUAUUG